GUUUAAUAGCCUCACCUGAAGCGACAUUUAUCAAGUCACGUCAAAUAGAAAAUAACGUCAAAAGCGGUGUACAAUAUACAUGUUUGUAUGGAUUUACUUUUAUAAAAGUAUUAACAGUCACAAACAGUAAAAAAUGGCUACUACAGCAGACGUGGAGUACAACUACUUAGGAAAGACAGGUGUAAAAGUAUCAAAUAUUUGCCUCGGUACAAUGACGUUUGGAAAGCAAGAAGGAGGUCCAUUUAAUUUUUAUGACACACCAACUCAUUCUGACGAGAAGAUGGCGCAUACACUCAUAAACCGUUUUGUGGAUCUCGGGGGAAACUUUAUUGAUACUGCCAACGUUUACACUGGUGGGUCAUCUGAAACUAUUAUUGGCAAUUGGUUUCAAAGUAAACAAAGCAACAGAAAUGACGUAGUACUGGCAACAAAAGUGCGCUUCAAUACGAAAGACAAAGAACCGAACAAUCUUGGUUUAAGCAGACGACACAUUACUCAGGCUCUAGAAGGAAGUCUUCAAAGACUGCAGACCGAAUACAUAGAUUUGUAUCAGGGUCACGGUUGGGAUAAUGCCACACCUGUUGAAGAAACACUGCGUACGUUUGCUGACCUUGUCCGCUGUGGUAAAAUUCAUUACUAUGGCUAUAGCAACCUUUGUGGGUGGCAGUUGCAACAAGUCGUGGACACAUACAAAACUCUGGGACUUCAGCCAUGUGUCACAUUACAGCAACAAUACAGUCUAUUACAUAGAGAAUCCGAGUGGGAACCAUUCAUGGUGUGCCAGAACGAAGGUAUUGCAGUUCUGCCAUGGAGUCCUCUUACAGGAGGAUUGUUGACUGGAAAGUUUAAAAGAGAAGGUGUGCCUGAUGCUAGCACAAGCAGAGUUGGAUACAUGCUGGCACAAAAAGCAUUUGGUCAAUUAGGGGCGUGGUCGCAAUUUUCCGGCGAUGAUCAAUACUGGCAAAUCAUCGAUGUCCUGAAACAAAUAUCCAAUGAAAAUGACAAGACAAUAGCACAAGUUGCUCUGAAAUGGGUUCUACAAAAGAGUUGUGUGGCCUCGGUUGUCAUUGGAGCAACGUCAUUAAAACAACUGGAGGAAAACAUGGCCGCUGGUAGUACUCAGUGGCAACUUACUGAUGAACAGAUGGAAGCACUGGACACAGUAAGUCCCAACAACAAACCAUACCCUUAUAAUAUGCUGUGGAAUGCGAGAAAUGCUGGAAGAUAUAAUCCGUUCUAUGAAAAAUCUGUGAAAAUUCCAAAAUCUUCAAUAUAGAUACAUGACCCGCAGGUUUGAUGUGGUGUUUCGAAGUUGAUUUUGUUCGUUACAGUUUGCGAAAGUGUGCGAUAUAGAAUUACUUAGCUUUCAUACAUAGAUAAUACGACAUUGAGGUGAAGUCCACAUAACUUUUUAAUUGUAAUAUUUUUUGUCUAUUGUCCUUUGAAUAAAUAAUACGCCGAAUAUCAUACUUCAACUUUUAUAGUUGCGACGUCAUCAAUCAUAUUAGUGAGGUCAUGAGAUUCCCACGCUUGACGGCGAAUUAAUCUAAAUAUCAGCAGCAGAUCGAAUACCUUCUGUUUUAUUAAAAAUAAACUUCCACAGUUGUUGUUUGUGUAUUUCAAUAUUGAUGACUGUUCAGUAACCGAUUUAUUUACUUCUUUAAUUUUUUAAUUAAUUUAUCAUGGUAAUAUUACGAAACUUUAAUGUAUCAAAUGUAGAUCACAAGUGAGAAAACGAAAUAAACUUUAGAUUGUUUUGGAGCUGACAGUUGUGUUUCCUAAAGUGUUAACGAGCAGCAGAUAUUAUUCCCUAAUGGGUUUCACAUUGAAGGUUUCGUGAUAACCGUCGUAUGAACACAUUUGCGGAUAUUCCUAAAUUCAAAUUCUCACCAUACCCAUGCAAAGCAGUUCAAACAAUAAACUAUCAAGACAUUUAGCAGUUUACGAGAAAAUGAGAUUUGGAUUUGCUUUAAGGCUUACAUUUAGUUUGGCAAGUGAGUAAGAACAUAAUUGUAUACAUUUAGUAGGGAGCGUUUAAAAAAUGGCGAUUGGUUGUCAAUAUUGAUACUAUCAUACCGUAAAUUGUCUCCCUUUAGAGGGCAAUGUAUACUUAGUACCCAUUCUUAUUUUGUUUUCAUUCUGACCAAACAAAUCUCCGGUACAAGCAAUUUUGUCCCACCAUAAAUCAAAUUAUCAUACCAUAGUCUUCUUAUACAUGUAUAUUAACGGAGUGCUAUCUACACUGAAAAUAAAAUCUUGCACUGAAUAGAAAAUAUGGAAAUUUUGGACAUAUGAGACAGGCUAGAAAUGGCCUCAGAUCGAGAUUAAUAUGACGUUUGACCAGCGCAGAAAAUCCUUUUACUCUAUCUCAUUGC